CCUUGCGAAGCUGGGGCAGUAUCAAAUGAGCGUUGCCCCUCUACGGACGUGUCGUGUAAACUCGCUUAACAAUGGAUGUGUCGUGCAAAGACAAGACGCUGAUGUGAUGACUCAAGGUCACGAACCCCUGUCUAUAAUGGACGGCAACCUUCAGACAGAUUUCUCCACGAAAACCAAACGAGGCAUUUUCCUGUCCAAGAGCCUCACCCUUGUGAUUCUCAUCAUAUUCGCUUUAGCACUCGUCGCUACAGCGUUCAUAGUGUACAAUUUUGCUGCAUGCCCAAGAACUGAUCAUUUAGCUAAUGUCACCAAAUUAACUUACUGUGAACAAUCUAAGUUACUAGUUAUACCUCUAAAUACUGAUAGUACUACAAGUGUUUCUAUUGAAAGUACAACCAGUUACACAGAAACAACCACGAAAGAAGUAGAUAACACUGUGACUGAUGUUAGACUUCCAACCAAUAUAAAACCAGAUAGCUAUUUGUUAAAAUUAACUCCUUAUAUAAUUGAAGGAAACUUCACAUUUGAUGGCGAAAUCAGCAUUGUUAUAACUGUGAAAAAUAACACGAACAGAAUAACGUUUCAUGGUGUAGAAUUAAGUUUUAAUAAAAUAAAUUUGUACAAGAAGGAAGACAGAAAAGAAAUUAAAAUAAUAAGAAGGACUGAAGAUGUCGCUAGACAAUUCCAAUUUCUCGACGUAACAGAAACUUUGAUAGCGGGACACCAGUAUGUUCUUAACAUAACUUAUGUAGGAAUCUUGAACGACAAUCUUCAUGGAUUUUAUCGAAGUUCGUAUGAAGAGAGGAAAGUCAAAAGAUGGAUAGCAGUGACUCAGUUUCAAGCUACAGACGCAAGACGUGCAUUUCCAUGCUGGGACGAGCCUGCUUUGAAAGCCAAAUUUACUAUCAGUAUAGCGCGAUCAAAUAAUAUGACUUCAGUGUCUAAUAUGAAUAUGGUUAGACGAAGCCCACAUGAAAUUCUGCAGGACUAUACUUGGGAUCAUUAUGCGGAGUCACUUCCAAUGUCGACUUACUUAGUCGCCUUCGCUGUGACAGAUUUUGGAAACAUGAGUGACCAUAACUUCUCCGUAUGGGCUAGGAAAGAAGCUCUACCCUCAGCGGCCUACGCGCUUGAAAUCGGACCAAAAAUAUUAAAGUUUCUAGAGGAAUAUUAUAAAAUUAAAUUUCCAUUGCCAAAAAUAGACAUGAUCGCUUUACCAGAUUUUAAAGCAGGGGCAAUGGAGAAUUGGGGCCUACUAACAUUUAGAGAGAUUGCUAUGUUAUAUGAAGAAGGCGUGUCCCCUACAACGGCAAGGGCCCGAGUAGCUUCUGUUGUUGCUCACGAGAUUGCCCAUCAAUGGUUCGGAAACCUGGUGACACCAGCUUGGUGGUCGGACAUAUGGCUUAAUGAGGGUUUUGCUAGCUAUGUGGAAUAUGUAGCUGUGGAUGCUGUUGAAAAAUCUUGGAAGCUCAUGGAGGUGUUUGUUUUAAAUGAAGUUCAAAGCGUGUUCAAAUUAGAUGCACUUACAUCAUCUCAUCAAAUAUCGGUUGAAGUCGGAAAUCCGGAAGAAAUUGGAGCUAUUUUUGAUAAAAUUUCUUAUGGCAAAGGGUCAGCGAUUCUUCGUAUGAUGAACCACUUUUUAACGGACGAGGUUUUUAACUCUGGCAUUACUGAUUACUUAAAUGCCAAAAAGUACGGGGAUGCGGAGCAAAGAGAUCUUUGGAGUGCACUUACUAAUGCUGCAAGAGAAAAGGGUUCUUUUGAUGCAGAUGUAGCAGUCGUUAUGGACUCUUGGACUUUGCAGACUGGGUUCCCGGUAUUAUCAAUAACAAGAGAUUAUAAGACUGGUUCCAUUACAUUCAGACAGGAACGUUUUGUAUUGAUAAACGAAACAAGUGAGUUGCAUAAUUCUUCAGUUUGGUGGAUACCCAUAUCAUAUACAACCGCAAUUGAAAAGGACUUUGAGUCUACUCGGCCUAAAAUAUGGCUAAGAGGAGAGAGAUCCAUUGUUGUACAUAAUAUAACCAUUAGUGAAAAUGACUGGCUUAUUGGUAAUAUUCAACAAACAGGAUUCUACCGUAUAAAUUACGAUCAAAGAAAUUGGGCGAUGUUGGUUCAGAUUCUUAACGAUAAAUCUCGUUUUGAAGAAAUACAUCCGAUUAAUCGAGCUCAAAUUGUCGAUGAUGCUAUGAACUUGGCAUUAUCUGGCCGCUUGGACUACAUGACUGCUUUGGAUAUUACAAAUUAUUUAGCCCAUGAAAGAAGUUACGUGCCCUGGAAGGCUGGACUCGUGGCGUUAGGUUACAUUGAUACCAUGUUGUCUAAGGGCGCGUACUAUCUAGAAUACAAGCGGUACGUUUUAAGUCUCUUGAAUGGAGCUGUCCAGGAGCUAGGUUGGGAAGUGACGAGUAAUGAAAGCGUGGUUCGAGCUCAGCACCGAGUCGAUAUCAUAUCUACAGCUUGUCAUCUACAGCAUGUUGAAUGUUUGGAACAUGCUGUGAGGUUGUAUACUAAUUGGAUGCUUACACCUAAUCCUGACGCGUAUAACGAGAUACAUGCUGAUAUUCGUAGCACUGUUUAUUGUGUGGGCAUUCAAGCUGGAGGAGCUAGGGAAUGGCAGUUCGCUUGGGAGAGGUUCCUUGUUGCAAGCGCGCCUUCGGAAAGAGAACUUUUGCUUUCUGUACUAGGCUGUACAAGGGCGCCAUACUUGUUGUACAGGUAUUUGGAUCUAUCGUUAAGGAACGACAGUGGAAUACGUAAACAAGAUACGAUCAGAGUUUUUUCAGCUGUCGCCAGUUCUUCUAUUGGGGAACCGAUUGCUUUUAACUUCGUCAGGGCUAACUGGCUCCGACUUAAGGAAUAUGUCGGCUCCGUGUCCACUUUGAAUUCUAUUUUGAAAGUUGUAACAAGAAGAUUAAACGAAGUUCAUGAAUAUGAGGAGUUGAAGAGAUUUGUCGGCGAGUGCAGUGAUUUGGGAAGACCAGUCCAGCAGGUAUUGGAAAGAACAGCUGCAAAUGUCCAAUGGAUGCAAAAGAAUUACCGAAAUAUUGUGGACUGGCUUCUGGCAGCGGAAAAAAAUAAGACCGCAUAAAAGAUCUGCAACAUUUUUAUUUAUUGUGGACUAAUGUUUAUUAUUAUAAAUAUUUAUAAUUAAAUUUAAUUAUCAUUUUAAAAUCAUGAUAUAACAUAUGUAUUUUCUUUUUUAAAUUAGUUAUUUAAUAAUACAAUAAGAAAUAGCAAGGACAUAAUAUAAAUUUCACAGUAAUAAUACAAUUUUACAUGUAAAUUAUUUAAAUACAUUCAUAAUGUUAUAAUUAUUAAUUAUAUUAGUUAUGAUAAUGUAGUUUAAUUUUAUAAAUUGAUAAAAGUAUAUUUAACGUUUCAUAGACCCAAUUGGUAUUGAUUUUUAGUCUUUAAUGUAACUUUCUAAUUAAGCGAUUGAUAACACUAUAUUGAAGAGUGAUUUAAAAAAAAAUAUAUAUAUACUUAUAUGACAAGUUAUUCAUGAACACAUCCAAAUACUUAUAUUGACUAUUCAAAUUGCCGUGUUUUUUGACUAAAUUUAUUGCAUAUAUAUUUCCUUUGACACUAUAUAAUCUUAUCAUUUAUAUAAAUUGUUCGACUUAUAGACGACUGAUGGCGUCUAUGUAAUCUGGAUUCGUUGGUACUCGCUUUAUUGUCCACUGUAAUGAAACCUUAUGCGAAUAACAAUUUUCUAAAUCAAACGAAGUCAUUUUAUAUAAUGGAACUUUGCUUCGUUAUUACUUAUCAAUACUCUUAAAAAAUUUUUUUGUUUAAUUUUACUUAAAUUUAAACAUAAUAAGUCUCAGCCAUAUCACUUAUUAAAUAUGUAACGACAACGUGUUUAUUAACUUAAUGUAUAAAAAUUAAAUUAUAGUAAAUUUAAAUUUAAAACUUUUUAUUAUGUAUGUAGUUUAAUUUUAAAAAUACUCUUGAUCCUGUUAAUAAAAGUGAUCUAUGUAUAUUAAUAUUUUAGGUUUUUUUAAAUAAACAAUAAAUAUUU